AUGAAGCUCAAAGCUCUUUCUCUCGUCGUCGCAGCGUUUACGACCUUCAAGGGAUUCGUCCCUGCCUCUGCCAUACUGAUACCCGGAGCUAGUACACCUCUGUUCUUCCUUGUUGCUACGGGUCCUGUCUCUGAGGGCGACCUCUUCCUGCCCCUGCGCCUCACGGGAUGGUCCAACCAAGCUACACUCACAGGCCACAACGUUGUGGGGCAAUUCUACAUGAUCAACAACUCUCUCGUCGCUGAGGACCCUGUUAAUGGACUCUCGUCGCCUUACGUCUAUCGUCCCUACGUCGACUUGAGCACCAAGAUUGGUCGAGACGCAAAUGGUGCCUAUGACGCAUCCCAAAAUGACCCUAACGACGACUGCUCUGCUACUUCCGGUCCUCUCAUCUUCAUCCAAGAAAACCGACCGGAUGGCAUUAUCACCGCUCCGCCCAAAUGCGCAAAGUUCAACCCGUUCUCCCUGCUUCCCAACCCAGAGGAUCCUCAGUUUGGCGCCAAACUCGUUUACAAUGGCAACUCGACCGACUUUUAUAGCUGUGGAAAGGGGAGAAAUAUUUACUGGAAGGCAAACCCGUCGGAUGAACCUGUUGAUUGCAACGUUCCUGUACAGCUUUUCACUAUUCCUGUGGUCUAG